UUGAGCAUGCUGAUAACAAUAUUUAAAUGUAUUCUUAUAUUCAUAUUAAAUCCAGGGGUGGAAGGAAAACAACCAAACAUCAUCUUCAUGUUGACUGAUGAUAUGGGUUCAGCGGAUGUUAAAUUUAGAAAUCCUGAAUCUCCAUUUAUUACUGAUAAUAUUGAUGCCAUUGCUGCUGAUUCGGUCAGAUUGUUCAACUAUUAUGUUCAUCCAACCUGUAGUCCAACAAGAGCAGCUCUUAUGACUGGAAGAUAUGCGGCUAAUGUCGGGGUCUCCCUUGCACUUAUGCGGGGUAAUCCAGGAGGACUUCAUCCUAAAUAUCCCACUAUGGCUGAGCACUUGGAAUCAGAGGGUUAUGAAACCUAUCUAGUCGGUAAAUGGCAUCUUGGCAGUAGCAUGUUGAAAUAUCAUCCCAGAAAUAGAGGAUUCAAACACUUUUAUGGUCUGCUAGGUGGGGGCUUCAACCAUUAUACCAAGCAGUGUGGAUCUGGAAGAUAUGACUUCUGGAGAGACUUUAAUGUCGAAUAUGAAAAUGUGACUUAUUCAACUGAUUUGUUUAACACAGAAGCACUGAGUGUGGUGCAAAAACAUGUUGAAGAUAAAUCCAGCAGUCCAUUCUUUCUCUACCUUUCCCAUCCUGCCCCUCAUGAUCCUCUUCAGGCACCGGCGAGACUCCAGGAAAAAUGCAAACAUAUUGAAAAUGACAGAAGAAUGAUGAGUUGUGCGAUGGUUGCUGGAGUAGAUGAGGGGUUUGGAAAAAUAAUUGAUCUUCUCAGAGAGAGUGGUGAGCUUGAUAACACAAUCAUAGCAUUUUCUACAGACAACGGAGGUGUUCCUUAUGCAGGCGCUCUAAAUUAUCCACUCAAAGGUGGCAAAUCUACAAUGUGGGAGGGUGGAGUAAGAGCUCCAGGAUUUAUUUAUGCUCCUAAACAACUGGGAGAAGGAUAUGAUUUUCAGGGUCUCUUCCACGUGACUGACUUCUUUCCAACCUUCUUGGCUAUGAUCAAUUCUACAAAGAAGGUAGAAAAAGGUGUGGAACUGGAUGGCAUAAACCAGCUUCAAUCUUUAGUGAAAAAAGAGAAAAAUGGAGUCCGGGAAUCUGUUCAUAUUCAUAGAGAUAUUGAUAGAGACAGUCAUGCUUUCAGAAAAGGACCAUGGAAAAUAAUUGUGGGACAUCACUAUCUACCACUUAUCUUUGAUCGGGUGUACAAUGAGACUACAACAGGUUGGUUGGUUGAAAAUGGAAAUUGGAGAGAUAAAUUAAGAGAUAUUAUCAUUAAAGCCAUGGACUUCAUUACACCAACCCAAAAUACAAUCUUUAUUCAAUACAUUCUCUGGGUCUUCAUAGAUUCCCCUAAUGUUGGUGGACUCUCAUCAAUAAGAAACACACGCUCUGACACAAAUUUGAUGGAGAAACCUUACAAAACAGAUUUAGAUUACUGGAGAAAUCAGCACAGUAUUGAAUACCCAACAAUUGGACUUUAUAAUUUGGAGGAAGAUCCCCAAGAACUAAAUAACCUGGCUUUUCAACAUCCUGACCUAGUUAAGUCCUUGUUAGCUGAAGCAGAAGAGCAAGUAAAAAAUGCCCCAACCACUUUCAGGGGAGAUAUUCUGCAUAAAACGGCUCCCAUUGGUCCUCAAGCAGGACUUAUUGCAAAGCUGAGAAACUAUGGAAGCCAUCAUUCUAAGGUUAUUCCAUUUGGAGCAUAUCUUCCUGAUGAUUUUGAUCUGGAGAGAGCCGAUGAAAAUGAUUUUAUAAGAUUAUUGAACCAACAAAUGCCAGAAAUUUUAUUUAUGUUCGUUCAACUUUUUUCAUAUUAUGUAGUAGUUCCUUUGUUUGCUUUUAGGUUCAUUUACAACAGUUUAUUGAAAUAAACAAUGUAAUUAUU